AUGCUCAACGACGCGCGCGUGGGCGAGAAACGGCGUCGCGCGGGACGACGGCCGAGUCCCAUAUGGACCUUUUUCACCGAGUUGCGCACGGCCGACAACAAAGUGUACGCGUGCUGCCGCUUCUGCCCCAAGCGCCUCGCGGCAGUGGCCUCGCGCAUGCGACAGCACGUGCUGAGCAAAUGUGCGCGUGCGCCAUCCGACAUUCAGCAACUGCUCGACAAAGCCACAGGUAGUACCGGCGCUACUACUUUUCGCCCCAUCUGUAGAAGUAGUACUAGUAGUAGUACUACUACUCCUACCAGUGCUACUAUUUCUUCAACUACUACUCCUGCGACUACUAUUUCGUCGGCUACUACUCCCGACGAGUCGACGAAGACGGCGACACUCACUUUGUCUCCAUCGGCAGAGACUGUCUCAGUUACUACUGUGCCUAUUGUCGGCCGUACAAGUGCUGACCCAAUUGCAUCGGACCGAACUGUGGCACAGCACACAGACGACGUCCAAAGCGCCGCAGUCGAUGGACCUAAAGCGGCAGUCAAAGACGAGAGCAGACAGAGAAAUACGGACCCAAAGAAGCAGACGACGACGACAGCUGUGGAAGUGGUGCGACCUGAAGGGGACGUAAAAACUCGUGCCAGGGACCGCGUACAGCUGCAGGAAAAACACUGCGACGCCCGCCGACGUGUGCACCAGAAACUCGUACUGGCGCUGGUCCUUCACGACGUACCAGUGGCGUUGCUGGAAGACGAGGCGCUGACGGAAGCGUUCGCGUUGGCGCGUCCUGACUGGCCGCGGCUCUCAGUGGAACAGGCGCAGACGACUGUGUUGCAGGAACUCGUGGACGAAGCGACUGCGACGAUGGAGCAGGCGCUGGUCCGGUGUAAAGUGCUCACGUUGGUGCACCGACACUUUCAGCGGUGCCAGACAGGAACAGCGACUGAAGUAGCGUCGCAGUGGUGCAACCGGUGGACGGCAGUGGACGACCACCGCAGGGUCUUCCCGCUCAAGGAGAAGUGCAGAGAUGUCGAGCCUCUGGUGUCGACCACGACGGACGAUGAAGCCUCGUGCAAGUACUGCACGCUGCGAGAAGACUUUGAUGCUGUCGUUUCGACCUAUCGCCUCCGCCUUGCACCCGAAGCUGUCUUCUGCCUCUGCUGUGACUGUCCUCGGACGUACCAGCAACUACGAUCCGAGCAAGCGCGGGCGCUGUCAACAUCUACGCACGGCGCAGACAGCGGGAGCGAACUUGCGACAAAGCCGACACCCACACAAAUGCUGUUGGGCGCGUGUGCAGUUCGUCUAUCUCUUCGAUUGCGCAAGGAACUGCUGACCACGUUCCCUGCAGUCGUCGAUCUGCUUAACAAAGCCAUGUUCCUUGGCCACAGUGUAUCGAAGAUCACACCGCUAGAACCGCAGCUGAAACCCUUGCUGGAAUCGUCGAGGUGGGACGCAGUGCCCCGACUCAUCAAGCGCAUGGUGUAUCUGGAAAACGACAUCCGGCGCUACCAAGCCAAAGUCUCUGUACCUGCGGAUGAAGUCGCGUCUUUUUGGGACAAGCUGCGUGUCGUGGACUCGUUGCUGACCCCGUUCAGCUGGAUGCUGGCACUAAGUGAAGCCAGCGACACGACAUCGGCGCAGUAUGUCGUGCUUUGGCUGUGGUUGCUGGCAAUAGUGGAGUCGACCACGUCGUGUUUGCUACCAAAGCAAGCCAAGCAAAGCUUCGUGUCCGUGGCCGUGUCUAUGAUUGAACGCCACGUCAAUUCGCACGAGCUCGUGUGCGUGCUUCUGGAUCCGCGUGUCGCCGGCGCCGGUCUUUCAGUCGCUGGCAAGCGGCGCGUGAAAUCCUUAGUUGUCCAACUAGCGGAACGCGUGUUUCCAAGCGCAGGAUACGGCAGUGGUGCUGUUCGCUCUCAGCUGUUGAACGAAUUGGGCGAUUACGCAGAGAGAACGGGAGUCUUUUCCGACGUCGUCGCGUGGGAAAUGACUGUCGGUCGGCCCUCGACGCUGUUCUGGAACGACUUUGUCGAGGAUGCGCCGCACUUGACUCGCGUAGCCCGUGCCGUCAUUUCGAUCUCACCGUUCGCACAGACAGCCACCGAGUCGUUCACCGCUCCGCUUCCGCCGGAACAGUGUUCGUGGGACCAGACGUUCGCAGUGCAGCAAUUGAAAGCUCUGACUCGCACCCGUCGAUCAACGCAAAGCACAAGUGGCUUCAAGCAGUACAUCUCGCUGUUGUUCCCUCCAUCUCCGUUGCCACAAGGCAGCGUGUCGGACAGUAUGCUGUCGCGUGAAGUGGCCAACGCUCUUCGAGGGAACAACACGCUGCGAUGGUCCGCACGUGACGAGACCAGAGCCGAAGCCAUCGUCGUGCAUCAACUGCGUCAAAUACUGCAAGCAGGAGGCGACGACAGCGACAAUACUCAGAGCAGCAAACAAGUGCCGGCCCCAUUUCCAGCGGCCACGACACAACACGACCCGCUGGACGUCGGCGUCUCGUGGUUUGCGUUCCAGUCCGUCAACGACCUCAACGUCUUGGAAAACACUGUCAAGAAGUUUGUACAACGUCCCGCCGCCGCCGCUGUCGUCAAUUAG